GUGAGCGUGAUCGCGCGGAGGAGAGAGGCGGAGGAGAGAGCGAGAGGGAAAACCAGGAGAUAGUAUUAAAACCCACGACCAUGGGGUCUUGUAUGUAUAGUGAUACGACUAAAGCCCACCAUUUCUCGUCUUCAUUCUUCAAAGGACAAGUAUCGGUCUCUUUUUCCGGCUGUAUGUAACAACAUGACAGGCGUUUGUAACGAAUGCUCCCGUUUUCCUUAUAUCUCAAUUCGUUCGCGGAAGAUUCAUCAGUGGGGCUCGGCAGCGCUGCUUGUCUCUCAUUUGAACCGUUCGGUCUAAUGGGAGUCGUAUAGCUUCGUUAUUAUCACUCUGCCGGUGGUGGUGAAUGGCAAAUAAUGCGUCUAAUCCAGUUGUUCCAAGACCAUUGUUUUGUGCAAUGUGAGCUUGAUCGACUCUGCUGUGUCGUUACGUGUUGAGAGGAGGGAGGAUCUUCCCCAUCAUUGUUGAAUCACGCUUUGGGCUUAACGCUUCGGUCUUCCGUCAUUUGGAAACCAUUUGGAUGUGAUACUAAAUAAAGCCUGGACCUGGACCUGGGGAGACAGUGGACCCGGGGAGACAGUGGACCCGGGGAGACAGUGGACCUGGGGAGACAGUGCAGACCUUUGUGUAAUUUGCAUAAGAACAUUUUUAUCUCCAUAUUUUAGAGACCCCGGAGUGUGCAUAUCAAAAGCGAAGCUGAGGGACCAUUGAAGAAGAUAGGGGGGAGACGAGGAGAUUACGGGUAACGCCAGGGGUGGGGAAAAUGCUGCCUUCGCAAGAAGCCUCCAAGAUUUACCAUGACAACUACAUGCGGAAUUCGCGGGCCAUUGGGGUUCUGUGGGCUAUUUUCACCAUAUGUUUGGCCAUUAUUAACGUGGUGGUGUUCAUUCAGCCCUACUGGAUUGGGGACAGCGUGAACACCCCACACGCCGGCUACUUCGGCUUGUUCCACUACUGCGUGGGCACUGGGAACUCCAACCGGGAGCUCACCUGCCAAGGAACCUUCGCAGAAUUCAGCAGCAUCCCUUCGAGCGCAUUUAAAGCGGCAACCUUCUUCGUGUUGCUGUCCAUGGUGCUGAUAUUGGGAUGCAUCGCCUGCUUCAUCCUCUUCUUCUUCUGCAACACCGCCACUGUCUACAAGACCUGCGCUUGGAUGCAGCUGCUAUGUGCCGUGUGUUUGAUCCUGGGCUGUAUGAUCUUUCCGGAUGGCUGGGACUCGGAAGUGGUGCGAGACAUGUGUGGCGAGGAGACGGGGAAGUACACGCUGGGGAACUGUUCGGUGCGCUGGGCCUACAUGCUGGCUAUCGUUGGCAUCAUGGACGCCCUCAUCCUCUCCUUCCUGGCCUUCGUGCUGGGCAACCGGCAGAACGACUUCCAGCUGGAGGAGCAGCUUAAAGCAGAACAAAAAGAUUUUGCAGUGUCCAGGAUUGAAAUCCGGGAGACCAAAGAUCCACGAUACGGAGUCCAACGGUUUCACUGAUCACACCCCCCACCCCCCCAACAGUUUCAGACCCUCCUCUUCAUCUCCUCUGCUCAUUCGCCCCCAAAGACCAUAGCUCUUCAGGUCUAACCACUGGUCUCAGAGUGGAGCUGUUUGUAAAAUAGAACUGAAAUGGAAGAUAUUCAAAAAGAGAAACAAUUUGAAGAGGAAUAUGAUAAAAAGGAAUAAUAUGAUCAGCUUUAUAAAACUCUGGGAAACAAAUUUAUGAUAUACAGUAUUAAGUAAUUAUCACAUAAUAUUACUAUAACAAAGGUAAUGAAGUUAAUGAUGAUGCUUGCGGCAGACAUAUUCUAUGAAAAUCUACAUAUUUUUUAUUCCGAAUGGAAAAUGAGUCAUUUCCAGCUUUAAAAAUAACCAUUUAAGAAGUGCAUUUGUACAAGUGGGUGCUACUUCUGAGAUAUCUAAUAAAAGAAGACAGAAAAAGGAAGAAAAAAACACAAACAAGAAUUUUGUACAGCGACAGUAAUUUUGAAGACCAUCUUUUUUUCGGACAGGUUUUCAACGUCCCCCUUUUUGUACACGAGGUCUGGUCCCAGGAAAUGCAAAAGAAAAAGACACGUGUAAAUAAGGUGUUUCUAUGGAAACAGGGUAAAAAUAGCAUUUAUUACCCCAUAAUUAUCAUCCCUUAAAACCCUUCGGAGUAGCAACCCCUUUCUGAUUUUCCUUUCUUGGAAAAGACGAUGAUGGAUUAUCUGCACCAUUUCUUCUCUUCCCGUGUAAUUUGAUCAACCAACAUCCUUGAACCAGAAAUGCCAACAGGAGCAACGACAGUGGUAACGAUGGACCGAAUUAAUUGACAGGCAUUGAAAAGAAAAGACUUCACUGCUGUCAACUCUUUUUCAAUCUACAGAAUUUCAAUCACAAUCCUGCAUCUAAUUCACACUCUUAGAAAAAAAAAGGGUUCUGAUAGAACCAAAAAGGGUUCUAUCACUUGCUUCAUAUAUGGCACCUCUAAAAGUUCUAUAUGGAACCCUUUUAUGGGGUUCUUUGAUCAGAACCCCAAGGGUUCUUCUUCACUGAAACAAAAUUGGUUCCAUAUAGAACCCUGUAUGGUGCCAUUUAUGAAUUAUGGCUAAUACUAAUAAAAUGUCCUAUUUUUAGCUAACAAUAUAAUUUAAUAAACAAUAAAUAAUGGAGAAAAGAAUACCAGCAUAGUUUUGAGAUUUUACUGUCAUUAUAUACGUAGUUUGGAAAUAUGCACUGGUGGCCAAGGAGGCAUCUGUUUGUUUGAAUGAUGGGCCACGUCAAAAUUGGUACCAACUCUAACUAAAUUCUGUAUGGUACAGUAAGGGUUGUUUCCUAGGUUGGUUCCUGAAAAUAAGACAAAAAGGACCAACAAAUUGAGUUCAUCUUCAGAAAUAAGCAUGAGUUGAUCUGCCAAAAUGAAGACAAAAUUGUAGAAGAACCACUUACAUAGAGUUGUCAGCAGCAGCCGAAAGAGACCCCCUGCUUCUGAUAGUUGGGUUACUGCCAGACUGAGUAAAACAGAUAGUGUGUUAAAAGUCAUGUUAUGAUUAGCUCAGCUAUUGAGUCACCAAGACUUAUAAAUAAUGAGGAAUCAUUUAGAUGCAUACCUCCUUUGUCAGCCCACUCACUGCCCAUCACAUGCAUACUACAGAGGUCAGCAACAGUCUUCUAAUGGCUUCAUGAAACAUAGUCCCCUCAUCUGACUCUACAGUGAAAUACUGAAAUAAAAUUAACAAUUAUCUAAUAGCCAAUGUCAGGCUGGGUCUGUAGCUCUAUUUGGCAUAUUCAAUAAUAAAAAGUAAUGUUUUUUUGUAAGAGUUACUAAUAACUGAGCUAAUAACUGAGCUAACUAGCUUGUAAAGUGUCUAAUUAAACUAGGUUAAUUUCUUGUCUAGCUAGCUAGAUAACAAAUGGUGCUCAAAUUCUAAUACAACUUUAUCUAUCUAGCAUAGCUAGUUUAUCAUUUGACUGGUGUCAUAUUUGAAUGAAAUAAUACACUUUACUUACCUUAAUAAAUGGAAAAAUAACAUGCUUAUUGGUAGGCUAUUUGCAAGUUUAACCACCUUCAUGCUGGAAUGGCAGUUGGUUUUUGAAUCAGAAUGGCAGUUAAAAUUUGAAUAGACCAAAAGGUUCUACAUAGAACCCCUUUUUUUUUAUCUAAGAGUGUAUGGUUUUAUUAAAACACAUAAUUUAUUCUUGCUUUUAGCUAGCAUUUAGUUUGCAACAGAUUUGUAUGAACCUUGCUGUUUGUCACUCCGACCUCGGCAACAAUGUUGCAUAACGAGAAUUCGAUCUCCCCCCUGCCAUAGAGUGUUUAAAAAUGUCAGCUAGCCAUUUUUCUGACCAGGCGAUGGAUCUCCCCCAAAAUGUGUUGGUGUUAAGUCCUUGGUCUUGACUUGCAAAAUCAUUUAAUUUCUGAGUGUUUUUAUAUUCCUGAAUGAUCAUUCAUACCUUCGAUUGGGAAAAUGGUGAACUUCACAGUCCCAAACCAGAGAAUGAGGAAAACCCUAGUGAAAGUUAAACAACAAGUAAGACAACAUGUCUAGCAGUGGUUGCAUAACAUUAGCUGAACAUUUAUGUUGCUGUAUGAAAGAAAAAUGAGAAAGAAAAAUCGCAACAUAAUGGUACAAGCAAAAUAGCCUCUGUUUUUCAUACGGUCAUCUUAAUAUCAUUGUGAAAGCAGGCCAGAGUACCAUAAAACUUAUAUUAAACACAGUCUCAAAUAGCUGCCUGUCCCUUUUAAUAACUGGGCAGAGUCACACAGCAAAUAAAUGCCUGUUUCAAAUAUACCCGGGUCUAAAUUAAUUGUUUACAAUGUUACCAUGAAUUACUAUGAAUUGUUUACAAGGCUUCAUGUUUGAUUUAUUUAUUAAAUAAUUCAGUAAUGACUCUAAAAAAUGAUGGCAAUCAGUUGUUAUCGCCAAUAGGAGAAACUGCAAACUUUUGGCUUCUAAUUGCUGAGAACUGCUAGCUAACUGGCAAACAAAAAACAGUGAACAGGAGUAAAGACCCCUAGAAAUCAGCCAAUCGCCCUCUAGUUGCGAAAGUAAGAACUGCCAAAAAUGCACACAGUCAAUGUGAAGAAUAAUUAUUCUGUCAAGGAAUUGAAAAAUAAUCAUUGUUCAUGAUUUUGAUUAUUUUUUUUACAUUAAAUGCUGUAACAGCAGAGAAUAAAACAAUUAAUACAAGUCCAAUGAUGGCAGUGGCUGCCCAUUACAGUGUAUCACUCAUCAUUUAUUCACAUUACUUUAAUAAAAUAUUUCAGUUGCUGUGUAUUUGUUUUAGGCCUAUUUGACGACUUUAUUUAAUUCCAAGUCAUUUCAUCUCUAUAGAGCUGCUGCCUAUGCUGUCUGACAAAAUCACUAUUUUGGUCGUUUCUUCCUCUCGAUCACACCACACAGACCAGAUAAGUAGGCAUACAAUGGAUUAUUGUCAUUGUAGUUCAUUACCACGUUUUCUGCACUAAACUAUGUUGAAUAAUGGCCUCUUGGAUACUACAACUCCCUACUACACCACGCAGUUUGCGCUUGAUCUGAUUUAUCUCUAGCGACUAAAUAGAAUUCUAAUAAUUGAACCGACGUUGAUCAAUAGAUUUUGGUUAAUCUUUCAACACUAUAUGUUAGACCCUGACACCUUAGAUCCCCAGAGAUUUUCUCCUACACUUUUCACAGAUCUUCUUACUGUAAGGCUUAGCUGCAGCUCAAAUUACAUACAGAGAAUUGUAUGUUGUCCCUGCCCUCGAAUCUUAAUUCUGCACCAACAUCGCACACUGUGGUUGAUUUGAUUCCAUAUCUAACCAAUGUGAGCUCACCAUUUUUGGAUCACAGAUCCCAUUUUUGGAUCUCAGAUUAAAUAAAUACAGGACAUCCCAGGGUUGUUCUCCAACGGUGAGUAGACGAAGUGUCCCGACAUGUCUCGGGUCAAUAGAACUGGUGUCAUCUUGAGGUCAGGGAGGUUGACCUCUUGUGCUGCAACACCAUCGUAAUGUCUUGCCUGGCUAGACUAAUGGGAUGUUGGAUGUGGAGCAAAGAUAAUCAAAGCGGUCUCUUUGCGUGGUGGACACACUCCUCUGUGGUGCUUUUCCAACCCGGCAAUGUCCCUAUACCUUAAAUCCCCCACACUUGAACUUUGAACCUCCAAUAUAGAUGAGGAAAUAGAAGUGCGCCUCUUUUGAGAUGUAGCAAAUAACAGAGGAGAAUGAGCUUACGAAGAACAACAAAGGGGAGAGGAGGAGGAACCCAGCAAAAUGGCGGCGAAGCCUGACAAUCAAACACAGUCCACGUCCUACUGUAGACAUCAGGCAGAGACAGGUACUCUUUCUUUGCCCCUCUCCUUAACCCAACACCCCUUCCUCUGGCUCCUGUGGAUCAGCCGCUCUAAAAUGAGGACUUGUAAAUGCAAAAAUAUGUUUCCUUGGUUGUAUUUGAAUGAAUAUCAUCAGUGUUUUUUUUCUCCCGGGCCAUUGCCAGAUUGAUCGUUUACGUUUAGCGGGACUCUUUUGAAGGAAAGUGUGUCCUCCUCAGGCCUUUUAUCCACCUGAGGGACAUGGAGACUAAAUACUGGUGUAACAACUGACCACAGAGGGAUUUGAACGGGGAUAUGAAAAGAUAGAACAAAAAUAUAUAUAAUUUGGUGUGCUUAGUAUCAGUUUCCUUUCACUUGUUUUCUACAUGUUUGUUCUCUUUUCUGGUUAUGUUUAUAAAGACAAUAUGACGGGGGGGUACCUCAUGGUUGAAUACUUGGACCCUUACAAAUAUUUGGAGAGUUUUAUAUUUUGCAGAGCGUCUAAUAUUUUGUACAGUAGGGGUGCCCUCACUAGGCUGUUUUGUUUUGAACAGUACCAUGUGGCUCGUCUUUCAUUAGGAGUUUCACUGGGCUAGUCUCUUGUAAACCACUCUUGCGCCCCAUUGGCAUGACAGCAGCAAUGACAACAUCCUGAUGGUUUCCUCAGGACAGAGCUUCCAAAGGGUCACUUUAGUCCAUAUAUUGCACUACUUCUGUCACCCUAUUCCCUAUGUAGUCCACUACUUUUAAACAGAAUCCCUUCUUUUGACUAGGACUCUUGGUCAAAAUUAGUUGAGUACAUAGGGAAUAGGGUAACAAAAGUAGUGCAAUACAGUAUAUAGGGAAUAGGAUGGCAUUUCAGACGCACCCUUUGUAUAGCCUUUUCAAAGCAGAUUUCUACUCUCAUCCCAGCCUCAAAUUAAAUGUGUAUGUAACAACAGAGGAACUUCUGUCUUCUCCAUCUUGCAAACAGCCAAGUAUAUUGAAAUUUAUUGGGAUGGUUCUAAUGAGAGACUAAUUCAUUUUUGUAUUAUCCCUCUUUGUUUUACUGUGACUUACAUCAAAUAUCUCUGAACCUCUUUAUUAUAAAUCUUUUUUUUUUUUUUUUUUCUUUUUUUUUACAAAUCUCUGUAUUGGCUACAAUGAAACCUGUCAGCAAAUUGCCAUAUCAAUUCUUUAACUUGACGAUAUGAUAUCUGUUAUGAUAACUGACACAUACAUGUACAGUGCAUUUGGAAAGUAUUCAGACCCCUUCACUUUUUCCACAUUUUGUUACGUUACAGCCUUAUUCUAAAAUGGAUUAAGAAAAUACAAAUCCUCAUCAAAUCGACACACAAUAACCCAUAAUGACAAAGCGAAAACAGGUUUUUCAAAAAGUUUUCAAAUUUAUUAAAAUAAAAAAACUGAAAUACCUUAUUUACAUAAGUAUUCAAACCCUUUGCUAUGAGGCUUGAAAUUGAGCUCGGAUGCAUCCUGUUUACAUUGAUCAUACUUGAGGUUAUUCUACAACUUGAUUGAAGUCCACCUGUGGUAAAUUCAACUGAUUGGACAUGAUUUGGAAAGGCAUACACCUGUCUAUAUAAGGUCCCACAGUUGGCAGGGUAUGUCAGAGCAUAAAGCAAGCCAUGAGGCCUGAAGGAAUUGUCCGUAGAGCUCCGAGAAAGGAUUGUGACGAGGCACAGAUCUGGGGGAGAGUACCAAAAUGUUUUUCUGCAUCAUUGAAGGUCCCCAAGAACAGAGUGGCCUCCAUCAUUCUUAAAUGGAAGAAGUUUGGAACCACUAAGACUAUUCCUAGAGCUGGCCGCCCGGCCAAACUAAGCAAUCGGGGUAGAAGGGCCUUGGUCAGGGAGGUGACCAAGAACCCAAUGUUCACUGACAGAGCUCCAGAGUUCCUCUGUGGAGAUGGGAGUACUUUCCAGAAGGACAACCAUCUUUGCAGCACUUCACCAAUUAGGCCUUUAUGGUAGAGUGGCCAGACAGAAGCCACUCCUCAGUAAAAGGCACAUGAAAGCUUGCAUGGAGUUUGCCAAAAGGCACCUAAAGACUCCCAGACCAUAAGAAACAAGAUUCGCUAGUCUGAUGAAACCAAGAUCGAACUCUGGCCUGAAUGCCAAGUUUCACAUCUGGAAGAAACAUGGCACCAUCCUUACGGGUGAAGCAUGUUGGUGACAGCAUCAUGCUGUGGGUAUGUUGUUCAGCGGCAGGGACUAGGAGACUAGUCAGGAUCGAGGGAAAGAUGAACGGAGCAAAGUAUAGAGAGCUCCUUGAGGAAAACCUGGACCUCAGACUGGGGUGACGGUUCACCUUCCAACAGGACAACAACCCUAAGCAUACAGCCAAGACAACGCAGGAGUGGCUUCGGGACAAGUCUCUGAAUGUCCUUGAGUGGCCCAGCCAGAGCCCGGACUUGAACCCGAUCGAACAUCUCUGGAGAGACCUGAUAAUAGCUGUGCAGCGACGCUCCCCAUUCAACCUGACAGAGCUUGAGAGGAUCUACAGAGAAGAAUGGGAGAAACUCCUCAAAGACAGGUGUGCCAAGCUUGUAGUGUCAUACCCAAGAAGACUCGAGGCUGUAAUCGCUGCCAAAGGUGCUUCAACAAUGUACUGAGUAAAGUGUCUGAAUACUUAUGUAAAUGUGGUAUUUCCGUUUUGUAUUUGUAAUUAAUUGGCUAACAUUUCUAAAAACCUGUUUUUGCUUUGUGUGUGUGUGUGUGUAGAAUGAUGAGGGGGGGGGAAACAAUUUAAUUCAUUUUAGAAUAAGGCUGUAACGUAACAAAUUGUAGAAAAAGUCAAGGGGUCUGAAUACUUCUGAAUGCACUGUAUGUUAGUUAUAUGAUCUGUUAUUUGACUCACUUUGAUAUGUUCUACUGAAAUGUGCCAAAAAUUACAUUUAAAUUCUAUAAAUAGUCUUUGUGUCGAGCAUCCCUACAGAUGAGUCUUAUGUCAAACCACACUCCCUGAGAUGAGUUUGUGAAUUCAAUAUAAAAGAUAUGCUGUACCGAUUAUCAGGUUUCCAUCCAAACCUUUUCAGGUGAGUAAAGUACAUGUCCAAUAAAACAUUUCAUUACAGGCCUGAUGGAAACAGAACAUUUUUCAGUCAACUUUCCAAAUGUUGACAAAACAAAAUACGCUAGACAUUUUUUUGUGUAGGUCAAAUUCAUUAUGCGAGAAAUGGCGGUGGAAGCGCCAUUAUGCGCAAAUAUUGAUAUCAUAACCAUUGUAUCCAAGUAAAGUCACACAAUGAUAUGUUGUGUGGUCCUCCCACUACAACUUGGGAAAGCAUGCAGUUUAUUAGGGUACAGGUUUAAAUAAAUUAUUAUGAAUUUCACAGGGUGGAGAAAGUGCACGGUGAUGAGCUUGAUGCUCCUUUCCAAUAAAUAUUGAGGGUCUUAUUUUGGUGAAAUGAUGAUCGAUGCUUGGCUGCCUAGCAUUCCUAGGAAUUAGCGACUCUUGCAUGGUGGAGGAAAAUGAUGUUUCAUAUAGAAAGUAUGCAUCUUUUCCCCGUCUUCUCGCCAUUAAAUUAAGUUAAAUAAAUUAAAUACUUUAUGUAGGAACCGGUCGCAGGGGGACGUGAGCGUAUUACCGGCUGUGCACAUCAAGCCCAGACGAUAGUGGAGAUCCAUAAGGCCCACUGGCGGCUGCCAAGGCUAGGUAGUCACAUGCACUGUCAAUUUUACUUAAGAAUCUGUUUUUCUUUUUGUUCUUUCUCUGAUCAAAAUGUGCCAAAACAAAACUGAAAUUGUGGAAUACUUUGUAUGUGCAUUACCUGUUGAAUGCUUUUCCUUUAAAACUUUUUUUUUGUUGCUUUGCUAUCGUAAUGUUAUUUUCGAUUGUAAUGAGAUGAAGUGAUGUCUCUCGAUGUUAUGAAAAUGGAAUGUUUAUGCAAGAUUGUGCAGCAGGAGAGUCCACCGUGACAGAUAUUGUCACACACCACUUUAACAUUGUUAGUGUUGUUGUUUUAAAGGAAAAAAAAUGAAAUAAAUCAAUUGAAUAUCA